AGCGGCCACUGUCUCUCCCCAUCCGGGGCAGCGGGGAAUGGCUGAGCCAGGGGUUCGCCGCCCCCGCCGCCGCCGCCGCCGCCGCCGCCGCCGCCGCCGCCCGCUUUUGGCCCGGGCCGCAGGUCCUUAGCAUUCUGAUACAUUUUGAAUUGACACCUCUCAAGAUUGACUGGGUCAGAGUUCAUCAUGUCAAAGUUGAAAAGCUCAGAGUCGGUCAGGGUGGUGGUUCGCUGUCGGCCCAUGAAUGGCAAGGAAAAGGCUGCUUCAUAUGACAAAGUGGUGGAUGUGGAUGUUAAACUGGGGCAGGUGUCUGUGAAGAACCCCAAAGGGACGGCCCAUGAAAUGCCCAAGACCUUCACCUUUGACGCAGUCUAUGACUGGAAUGCCAAGCAGUUUGAACUGUAUGAUGAGACAUUCCGACCACUUGUUGACUCCGUCCUGCAAGGUUUCAAUGGAACCAUUUUUGCCUAUGGACAAACUGGGACGGGAAAAACCUACACAAUGGAAGGAAUCCGUGGUGACCCGGAAAAACGAGGAGUCAUUCCCAACUCAUUUGACCAUAUCUUCACCCACAUCUCUCGAUCCCAGAAUCAACAGUACCUGGUCAGGGCUUCUUACUUAGAGAUCUACCAGGAGGAGAUCCGAGAUCUGCUCUCAAAGGAUCAGACCAAAAGGCUUGAGCUCAAAGAGAGGCCUGACACAGGAGUGUAUGUGAAAGACCUGUCUUCCUUUGUCACCAAGAGUGUGAAGGAGAUAGAGCACGUGAUGAAUGUGGGGAACCAGAACCGUUCUGUCGGUGCUACCAACAUGAACGAGCAUAGCUCGCGUUCCCAUGCAAUUUUCGUUAUCACUAUUGAGUGCAGUGAGGUGGGCCUCGAUGGUGAAAACCACAUCCGUGUAGGGAAAUUGAACCUUGUAGAUCUUGCUGGCAGCGAACGGCAAGCCAAGACUGGCGCACAAGGGGAAAGAUUAAAAGAAGCUACCAAGAUCAACCUCUCCCUUUCCGCUUUGGGUAACGUCAUCUCUGCUCUGGUGGACGGCAAAAGCACUCACAUUCCAUAUCGGGACUCAAAGCUUACCAGGCUCCUCCAAGAUUCCCUUGGUGGCAAUGCUAAGACUGUGAUGGUGGCCAAUGUGGGGCCUGCCUCUUACAAUGUAGAAGAGACUCUGACCACUCUGCGAUAUGCCAACCGUGCCAAAAACAUUAAGAACAAACCAAGGGUCAAUGAGGACCCCAAGGAUGCCCUCCUUCGAGAAUUCCAGGAAGAAAUUGCUCGGCUCAAGGCCCAGCUGGAAAAACGGUCCAUAGGCAGGAGGAGGAGGCGAGAGAAGCGGAGGGAAGGUGGUGGCAGUGGUGGGGGUGGGGAAGAGGAGGAGGAGGAGGGAGAAGAGGGUGAGGAGGAAGGGGAUGAUAAGGAUGAUUACUGGCGGGAACAGCAAGAAAAACUGGAGAUUGAGAAACGGGCCAUUGUAGAGGAUCACAGCUUGGUUGCAGAGGAGAAGAUGAGGCUACUGAAGGAGAAGGAGAAGAAGAUGGAGGACCUGCGGCGGGAGAAGGAUGCUGCCGAGAUGCUGGGCGCCAAGAUCAAGGCUAUGGAGAGUAAGUUGCUUGUUGGAGGAAAAAACAUAGUAGAUCAUACGAAUGAACAGCAGAAAAUCCUGGAGCAGAAACGACAGGAAAUUGCAGAGCAGAAACGUCGAGAAAGAGAAAUCCAGCAACAGAUGGAAAGUCGAGAUGAGGAGACCUUGGAACUUAAAGAGACAUACAGCUCAUUGCAGCAAGAGGUGGACAUCAAGACCAAAAAACUCAAAAAGCUCUUCUCCAAGCUUCAGGCAGUGAAGGCUGAGAUCCACGACCUCCAAGAAGAACACAUCAAGGAGCGCCAAGAGCUAGAGCAGACUCAGAAUGAGCUCACCAGGGAGCUGAAACUCAAGCAUCUUAUCAUAGAAAACUUUAUCCCUCUGGAAGAAAAAAGUAAAAUUAUGAAUAGAGCUUUCUUUGAUGAAGAGGAAGAUCAUUGGAAACUACAUCCUAUAACCAGACUGGAGAAUCAGCAGAUGAUGAAGCGGCCAGUCUCAGCCGUGGGAUAUAAGAGACCACUGAGCCAGCACGCAAGAAUGUCCAUGAUGAUUCGUCCAGAGCCCCGAUACAGGGCAGAAAACAUUGUGCUGUUAGAGCUGGACAUGCCCAGCCGGACGACCAGAGACUACGAGGGCCCGGCCAUUGCCCCCAAGGUCCAGGCUGCAUUGGAUGCGGCCCUGCAGGAUGAAGAUGAGAUACAGGUGGAUGCAUCAUCCUUUGAAAGCACUGCAAAUAAGAAAUCCAAGGCCAGGCCUAAAAGUGGAAGGAAGUCGGGAUCCUCCUCCUCUUCCUCAGGAACCCCUGCAUCUCAGCUUUAUCCACAGUCUCGGGGGCUGGUUCCAAAGUAAAGCCAGCUCCUCUUCUCCCAGGGUGGACACAGCAUUUGCCUUCUGAGAGAAGACUAGCAAAAAGCUAUAGAGAGGACUCAGCCCAAACUCAGAACUGUUCCCCUGAGGAGAAGCGAUGGCCUCUUUGCAGAUCAACCAACUUAAGCUGGUGGAAUGCGCUGGUCCUCAUCUGGUACUCAGCUCCUCUGGGAAACAUCUUUUAAUUAGCAUCUCAGAAAUGCAUGGGUAAGAUACAGUGCGAUAGUCCAAGUAGAAAGCAAGAGAAUGACCAGUGACCUUGCUUCCUUCCCCCUUGCCUUCUUCUCCCCCUUCCCCUGCUCUCCCUUUCUCUCCCCUCUCCUUUUCUAGCCUGUUCUUUACGUGGGGCUCCCUUCUUGUUGAACAAUAGGGCAGAAUCAGGAGUCACCUUAGCAGGACCACAUCUUUAGAGCCUCAGGAUAAAAUGACAGUGAGGUUGAAAAGUGAAAGCCCUAGAACUUGAAUAUGUGCCUGUUCUUGUUGGAGAAAUGAGAAAUCGCAUUUGGAUCCAGGCCCCAGGUGGGCACCAUCAGCAGUCCUGCUUCCAUGCACCACAGUAAGAAGCGGAUCUGCCCUUGAGAGCUGCUCAGUGAGGAAAUCUCUUCCAGUUUCUGCUCCUGAAGGACUCAAUGUUGGGAGCAAUAGAAAUAACAUUCCCUUUGCCUCCUUGGAGUGUUUAGGGAAACAGCUUCUUUAAAACCUCAAAACCAUGACCAUCCUGUCAAAGACCUAAGUCUGUAAGCCUGUAAGCUGGUGCCAUGUCCAUACACCAUGUCACUUAAACUCUUCAUUUGUCACCAUCUUUUCCCAUGCACACGUACUCUGAGCAUCCUUGUGUGGGCCCAUCCUCUGCCUCCAGAGCAUGCUCUGCAGUAGGCCUGUUUUGUGGGAGAAAGGAGGCUGGUUCUGCCUUCUCUGAUGGGGCUAGAGUUGAGGGAACGGGACGUAUAGUGGCACUUUUGAAUUCCCUGUUUUGUUCCAUAUUGAUACAGAGAGCAGAAGAGUAGCUAGGCAGACGCAGAGAUGGAGACAUGAGACUCAGUGCAAUGGGUAGGGAAGGCAUAACAGAUGGAAGCAAAGGAAUCCUGCCUGCCUUCAGCAGAGUCAGAACUCACCAAAUCCUAGAACUGUGGCUCCCUCCAGGCACAGACCUAAGAUGCUGACAAGAGUGGCUGCGUGAUUGAAUAGGCUCAGAGGAGAGUUCAGAAUCCUGUUUACAUAUACUAGUUUGGUUUGUAAGUUUUAGUUCCCUGUAUUGUUGAGAUUCAGAGCUUCAUUUUAUGUUGGUCAUUAGGUGAAUAUUACUCAUUUUCCCCUAAGAGAAGCUCAUGAGUGUGUGUGGGUGUGAGAACACGAUGGUGCCUGUUUUGUGAAUGUGUCCAUGUGUGUCUGUAAGAGAGAGACCAAGAACUUGCCCAAUAUUAGAAAUACACUAAUGUGCAGUUGUUGC